AUACACUAAAAUGGUAUAUGCUUCCUCCACGCGUCUGCACCCUCUUACAUCAAAGCCACAGCUUUCAACUUUCCUUAGGCCCCACAACAAAACACCCAUUUUCUACCGCACAUAUCAAACAUCACCCGGCGCCUACGAUGAACUCAUGGAGAUGUACGAUGAUGGUCGAGAGUUGCACUCGGGAAAAAAACUCCACGCUCACUUCAUCAUCACUGGCUUGGCUCGUUUAACUCGUUUUGCCGCCAAGCUCGUUGCCUUCUACGCGGGAUGUGGAGAACCGUCCUAUGCUCGCAAACUGUUCGACCAAAUUCCCGCAACAAAUCUACGCCGCUGGAUCGUCCUUAUCGGGGCCUACGCACAACACGGCUUUUAUGAUGAGGCUCUGGGUCUGUUCCGUGAGAUGCAGGAGCAAGGCCUGAGGCCCAACGCGUUUGUCAUUCCCAGCAUUCUCAAAGCCUGUGGGCGCGUCUCAGAUGGGGAAACCGGGGAGAAAAUACAUAGCGUAGUUUUGAAAUGCUCGUUUGAGUCCGAUGCUUUUGUUAGGAGUGCGUUGAUUGAUAUGUACUCAAAAUGCGGUCGAAUUGAAAAGGCGAGGCGAGUGUACGAUGAAAUGGUUGAGCAGGAUUUGGUGGCUUUGAACGCUAUGGUUUCGGGCUAUGCUCAACAUGGGUUUGCCAAAGAAGCGUUGGACUUGGUGGAAAAGAUGCAGGCUUUAGGAGUGAAGCCUAACGUGGUGACUUGGAACACCUUAAUUGCGGGGUUUUCGCAUAGGGGUGAUGAAGUAAUGGUCUCUGAACUUUUUAAUUUGAUGCGCAGCAACGGGGUUGAGCCUGAUGUGGUAUCUUGGACUUCGGUUAUAUCAGGGUUUGUGCAGAACUUUCGAAAUGAGGAGGCGUUUGCUACUUUUAGAAAGCUGUUGGAUUAUGGGUUCUAUCCAAAGUCGGCUACAAUAAGCAGUCUCUUGCCUGCAUGUGCAACUGAGGCCAAUGUGAGGCGUGGGAAGGAGAUUCAUGGGUAUGCACUGGUGAUUGGAGUUGGAGAUGAUAUAUUUGUAAGGAGCGCCCUUGUUGACAUGUAUGCAAAAUGCGGUUUUAUAGCCGAAGCAAGGAAUUUGUUCGAUCGGAUGUCUAAGAGGAACAUAGUUACUUGGAAUUCAAUGAUAUUUGGGUACGCUAAUCAUGGGUAUUGCAAUGAAGCAAUUGAGCUUUUCAAUCAGAUGGAGAAGGAAGAGGGAAAGAAGCUUGAUCAUCUGACUUUCACAGCGGUUCUCACAGCAUGUAGCCAUGCUGGGUUGGUUGAACUCGGACAAAGUCUGUUUCACUUGAUGCAAGAAAAGUAUGGGAUUGUUCCAAGAUUAGAGCAUUAUGCAUGCAUGGUGGAUCUUCUUGGUAGAGCAGGAAAACUUGCUGAAGCUUAUGAUGUGAUUAUGAGAAUGCCAGUUGAACCUGAUUUAUUUGUAUGGGGUGCAUUAUUAGGGGCAUGUAGGAAUUAUGGGAAUGUUGAUCUUGCCAAAGUAGCAGCUAAGCAUUUGUCAGAGCUUGAACCUGACAAUGCAGGAAACAAUUUACUGUUGUCAAAUUUGUAUGCUGAUGCUGGGAGUUGGGGAAAUGUUGCAAGGUUGAAGACGACAAUGAAGAAAAGGAAGUUGAGAAAAUUUCCAGGGUGCAGUUGGGUUGAGGCAAUCUGACACAUAGGCAUCACUUUACAAGAAGCUGUAUAAAUCUUCAGCCAGAACAGAAGGAAAUCUUGGGGUAUGUUGCAAGUGAUCAUUAGCCUCGUGCUAAAGUUUGCUCCCCUCUGAAUCUUUUUACAGAUUUGCUUUUUGGUUAUCCAUGCUUUGAGUUGUCACGACUGCUUUCAAAUGAAAUCUGUGAGCUGACUCUUGUGGACAAUCAAUCCUCUGCAACCAAAUUGAAGAUGCAAGACAAGAGGAGUCAUUUAAGAAUUACCUCAAGGUGUUGGGGGAUGAAGAAGUCGACGGUAGAAAGACAGAAAAACUCGAGAAACAAAAAAAAAAUAGCAGGGAAAAAUUUUGAAGGAUAGAGGAGCAUGAAUUUCUUCUACAAUGUUUGAUGAGCCAGCAGUGGUCAUUUGAGAUUAUAGCAAUAGGAGUCGCUGAGCCGCUGUUCUAAUUUAUUUCGAGACUGCCAAAUACAUUUCUAUAACUUUGUGAUUAUACAUGUUAGAACUUGUAAUUCAAAAUUUUCAUUUUAAUAUUUCAACAUGAUUCACAAUAAUUGAAUGAUCUAUAGACAGAAGCCUAAUAAAAAUGCAAAUUCGUGAAACGGCAUCUAGCAGUGAGCUAUUGUUGUUUAGAAACCAA